CAAAAAACAAAGACAGUUCAAAGAAUCUUCAUAUAUCUGGGGAAAAAAAAUUCAUAUAUCCAGUAUGAAAAUCUGCUAAACCAAAAAAUCAACAGAGAUUGUGUAACAAUGGCUCAAAUCCCCAGCUUAGACAACGCUCCUCUUAAUCUCUCUGCUCUCAGAGAUCAGUCGCGCAAGGAGAUUCUCAACAUUUUGAAAAAUAUUCGAGGAAACAAGUGUUUGGUAGUUGAUCCUAAGCUCGGUGGAUCACUCUCUUUGAUUGUUCAAACUUCGCUUCUUAAGGAACAUGGGGCUGAAGUACGGCAUCUUAAUGCAGACCCGAUUCAAACUGACUGUACAAAAGUGGUUUAUCUUGUGCGCAGUCAGCUUGAUUUGAUGAAAUUGAUUUGCUUGCAAAUACAUAAUGAUACUUCAAAGGGUUUGCAGCGGGAGUACUAUGUUUAUUUUGUUCCUCGUCGUGCAGUGGCUUGUGAAAAGAUUCUCGAGGAAGAAAAAGUACAUCACAUGAUGACCAUAGGGGAAUGUCCUUUAUAUGUCAUUCCAUGUGAUGAGGAUGUGUUGUCAUUCGAACUUGACCUUGCUUACAAGGAAUGCUUGGUUGAUGGUGAUACAACCUCUCUCUGGCAUAUAGCAAAAGCCAUUCACAAGCUUGAGUUUUCUUUCGGGUUGAUACCAAAUGUAAGGGCCAAAGGAAAAUCAUCUGUCCGUGUUGCCGACAUUCUAGGUCGAAUGCAAGUAGAAGAACCUGUCAACACAUCUGAUAUGGUUGUGCCAGAGAUAAAUACUCUUAUACUUAUUGACAGAGAAGUGGACAUGGUUACCCCUAUGUGCACUCAGUUAACUUAUGAAGGACUGUUGGAUGAGGUGUUACGCAUUAAUAAUGGUGCUGUGGAGGUAGAUGCUUCAAUUAUGGGUGGCCAACAAGAUGGAAAAAAGGCAAAGGUGCCACUUAAUUCAAGUGACAAAUUGUUCAAGGAGAUAAGGGAUCUCAACUUUGAAGUCGUAGUCCAGGUUUUGCGUCAAAAAGCAACAUCAAUGAAGCAAGAUUACACAGAUAUGACAACUACAUCUCAAACAGUUUCUGAACUGAAGGACUUCGUCAGAAAGUUGAACUCAUUGCCUGAAAUAACGAGGCACAUUAACCUUGCUCAGCAUUUGUCGACAUAUACGUCGAAGCCUUCCUUUCUUGCGAGACUUGACAUGGAACAUACUAUUGUGGAAGCCGAUAGCUUUGAUAUGCAAAAUGGAAAAGUAAUAUGGCAUGAAGGGAGUAGAAAUUUGCAUUUACCAGAGUCGAGUCCCUUUCUUUUUAAUGGAUGCAGAUGCUUCGAGUACAUUGAAGAAAUGAUUCAUAAACAAGAGCCUCUUCUCAAUGUCUUGCGUCUACUUAUAUUGUUUUCUGUUACAAAUUCUGGCUUACCCAAAAGGAAUUUCGACUACUUGAGGAGAGAGUUGCUUCACAGUUAUGGUUUUGAGCACAUGGCUACUCUCUGUAACUUAGAAAAAGCUGGAUUGCUUAAAAAACAAGAGUAUAAGAGCAAUUGGCAGAUAAUUAAAAAUGAUCUGCAACUUAUAGUUGAGGAUACCGACACUGCCAACCCCAAAGAUAUUGCAUAUGUUUUCUCGGGAUAUGCUCCUCUCAGUGUACGUCUGAUUGACAAAGCUAUCCGAUAUGGAUGGCGCCCAAUCGAACAAAUAUUGAAGCUGUUGCCUGGGCCACAUUCAGAAACAAAGAGAAGUGGGUUUGCCAGCAGUGCAUCAUUUGACUCUCUCCCAGGGGCUGCAUACAAUACUAACAAGGUUGGUGAUGGAAGGCGUUCGCUUGCUCUAGUUGUAUUCAUUGGAGGUGUAACAUAUGCAGAGAUUUCUGCUCUUCGUUUUCUUAGUUCUCAGGAAGGAAUGCCACAUGAGAUAAUUGUAGCUUCAACAAAUGUUGUCAACGGACAUACUUUGGCGGAAACAUUUGUAGAGAAACUAGGCUAGUUUGUAAAGAAUUUCUUUUCUCGCUUGUGUGUAGAGUGGAUUCAUAUAUAUUGUAUUAAUAUGGGUCUUGUUGCAUUGUUUUAGUUGGCCAUAUAGAUUAGAGAAUGGAAGAGUUCUUUUCAAGAAACAUGUUGGCAUAAAAAUAUUGUGGACUUGUGGUCUAAAGUUUUUUUGUAAUUUUUUUAA